AAAAACUCUUUGACUCCCGCUCAAAUUCAAAACCAAAACUCAACGAUCGCGACUGGGUUUCCUGUCAAGAAUUCACAACUCAGAUCCUCAACCACCACCACCACCAAUGGAGGAGAACAACCGUUUGGAGCAGAAAAUAGCCGGAAUUCUCAACGACGCUCGAGCCUCGUACGCCACUCACAACCGCAAGCUCAAGGAGCUCUCACUACUCCGAUUCAAGUCCUCCUCACUCUCCCUCUUCUUCUCUGCAUUCUCCAAAACCCUAACCCCGCUUUUCGACUUCCAGAGGCGCCUCGCCUCUGCCGAGCGCACUGUUGCCUUUGUCUCUGCUUUCGCCGCUGCUCGUGACCCAGCUGCAGACUCUGACGAGUUCCUCGACCUCUUCCUCAGGUUCUUACUCCUCGCUGCACCUUCCGCCAACAAGACCGCCAGGUUUCGUGCUUGCCAGAUUGUCUCUGAGAUAAUAUUGCUGCUACCGGAUGAUGCAGAAGUGAGUAAUGAUGUGUGGGAUGAGGUGAUUGAGUGCAUGAAGCUGAGGGUACGGGACAAGAUUCCUGGGGUGCGCGCAUUUGCCAUCAGGGCACUUUCUCGCUUUGUGAAUGACACUGCAAACAGCGAUAUCCUCGAUUUGUUCCUCGAGCAGCUUGCCUUGGAGCAGAAUGCGGAUGUUCGCAAGAUGAUUGUGUUGUCUUUGCCCCCUUCUACUGCAACCUCGCAAGUUAUCAUUGAUUGCACCUUGGAUGUGAGCGAAUCUGUACGCAAAGCUGCAUACUGUGUUUUAGCUAAUAAAUUUCCUCUUCAAAGCUUAAGCAUUAAGCUCAGGACAGUAAUUCUUCAGAGAGGACUUGCUGACCGAUCUGUUGCUGUCUCAAAAGAAUGUUUCAAACUCUUGAGAGAUGAAUGGCUCACUAAGUGCUGUAAUGGUGAUCCUUUAGAACUUCUCAAGUUUCUUGAUGUUGAAACCUAUGAAUCAGUUGGUGAGACUGUUAUGCAAACGCUUCUAAAAGCUGAUUUAGUAAAGCUACUGAAUGGUGCAAGCAUUCAGCAGUAUAUAUCAUCUGGUGAUGCAGAGGAUGGGAAUUCUAUGCACUGCGCACCUAGCAUUCAGCUGAUAGAAGCAGAGGCUUCUCUUUACUGGAGAACUGUAUGCCAGCAUUUGCAGUCAGAAGCACAUGCCAAAGGCUCUGAUGCUGCAGCCACAAUGGGCACUGAGGCAGAAGUAUAUGCAGCUGAAGCAUCAGACAAAAAUGACCUUCUGGAAAAAAUUCUUCCUGCAACAGUUGAUGAUUAUAUAGACCUGGUCAGAGCUCAUAUUAAUGCUGGAUCAAUUCAUCGUUUUACAUGCCGGCAGCUACUUCUGCUCGGUGCCAUGUUCAAUUAUUCUGAUGCUACAAAUAGGAAGUCUGCUAGUGCAUUUCUGCAGGAGCUGCUGCACAAGCCUCCUGAGCAUGAGAUUGAUAAUGAAGGGAAUGUGGUUGUCAUUGGAGAUGGAUUAAGUUUUGGUGGAGACAAUGAUUGGGCUCAAGCAGUGGCCAGAUUGGCAAGGAAAGUCCAUGCUGCACUUGGUGAAUUUGAAGAAGUUGUUCUUGCUAUCAUAGAAGAGCUAGCUCAACCUUGUAGGGAGAGGACAGCAGAUUAUGUGCAGUGGAUGCACUGUCUUUCUCUUAUUGGCCUUUUGCUGAGACAUGCAAAGUCUAUGCGCUUGCUUCAGGGCAAGGCUAUUGAACCAGAUGAACUACUCCAGUCUUUGCUGCUCGCCGGGGCCAAACAUGCUCACUUGGAUGUGCAAAGGAUUGCUGUCAGAUGCCUUGGCCUUUUUGGGCUUUUGGAGAGGAAACCACGUGCAGAACUUCUGAAACAGUUGAGAAUUUCAUACAUCAAAGGUCCACAUCCAAUUAGUGUAGAGGCCUGUAAAGCGUUAAUUGAUCUUGGGAUGUGGCAUGGCCCUCAAGAAGUCGACAGGGUGUUAAAUCCCCAUACAUCAUCCAAGAUUACCUCUGAAAAGAAGAGUUUUAGUCCUGUGAACUUUUCUGAUUUGGAACGGGAUUUGGAUGUCGAUACGCUUGAUCUCUUAUUUGGUGGAUUUGAAAAUGAUGACUGGGCUGAUUCUUUAACUGGCAAUGAAGAUGAAUGUGUCCAUGCCGUUCUUGGAGAGGGGUUUGCAAAAAUUCUUCUCCUGAGUGACAACUAUCCAAGCAUACCGCCUUCUUUGCAUCCUGUGAUUUUAUCUAAGCUCAUUUACUUAUAUUUCAGGGAUGUGUCGGAUCACCUGCAGAGGUUGAAGCAAUGCUUAUCUGUGUUUUUUGAGCACUACCCAUGUCUCUGUGCUAAUCAUAAGAGUUGCAUAUCCAAGGCUUUCAUUCCAGUAAUGCGUUCAAUGUGGCCCGGAAUUUUUGGCAAUUCAGGAGGAUCUUCUUUUAUGGUGUCCCAGAUGCGUAAGCGUGCAGUUCAAGCUUCACGUUUCAUGCUGCAGAUGAUGCAGGUUCCCUUAUAUGUUAAAGAGACUCAACCAGAGAGUGAAAAUGGAAGUACAGAAAUGCCACAAGUCAUUGAUCGUUGUGCAGAGGUUCCGUUUGAUUGUGGUGAGGAGGGUCUUGCACUACGCAUUGCCAUAGAGGUCACAAGCUUUCACUCGAAGAAGACAGCUGCUGAGAAGUCAUAUGUAUCGGCACUUUGUAGAAUACUUGCAUUGCUUCAAUUUCGGUUAUCGGAACAAGGGCCAAUAAAGUUGAUGAGGAGACUUCUAAGUCGUACGGUUGAAUGUGUAUCCACAGAGAAGGAUCUUGUAAAAGAAUUGAACCGCCUGGCUGAGCAUCUCAUGACAGCAGAUAGGCAGCCAGAUCAGGAGUUCUUGCAAGAUGAAGUGAAUCUCAUUUUGGGUAAAUUGGAAAUUGACUUCAACCUAGAUCUAGAUGGUUCUGUUGCUAUGCCACAAACACCAGCUGCAGCCUCAACUAGAACCCGUGUUUCUAGGAGAAGAGUAAGGAUUGAGGAUGAUGAUUUUGAUGAAUAUUCACCUGCUUUUACUGUUCCUGCUACCCAACAAACUGUCCGAAGUCGUUCGCAGAGAGCAAGUAAAACUGUAGCAAUGAGCAAGAUGUCUGCAACCAGAUCAGUCAGAAUUGAUGAAAUUGAAGAACAAGAGGAAGAAGACGACUCUGAUGUAACAUCUGAGGAUUCUGAUGAAUACUGAUCAGUUAAGUGAAACGUUUUGUUGAUACGUCUUGUGGUCCUUCCUUUGUUAUUAUUAACACAUUUAUGUUGUUGUACUGUAAUGUCUAAUUAUCUAGAUUUCAGGUUUUGUACAGAAGAGCGCAUCAGUAGUCUGGCUUGCAUUUGCUCACAAGCCAAUAGGGUAUUAGUAUUAUAUUCAGUUGGGGUGAAUGAAAUUCUCCUGUUUGGCAAUUAUGGUAACUCCAUUAUCCAUCUGUUGCCCAUUAUUUGAACGAGCUUUCUUGUGAAUUUAUUAUUGUAUGAUAUCAGUGUGUGUUAGUAGUUGGAAAGAAGCAAAGGACUUAUCUCAAGUAUGUAUCCCCAUUUAAGAAGCAAACCAUGACAUGUUCAACCUAUGUGGACUAGUAUGUAUAUCUUGAAGAAAAAUGGUGUGCCAUCGAAUUAUGAAAGAUUCGUUUACAUGGACAUCUUAUCAUAGAAACUUCUCCGACAUCUAUAUGGUGCUUCAUUUGGGUGUAAAUUCUUAAAUAUCAGCUGGUAAACAUGUCCUUUUUAUCAUGGCAAA